AUGGGUUUAGCAGAUUUUGAUAUUAUACUUGGAGUGGAUUUCUUAUCCAAGUACUCAGCCAAUCUUGAUUGUAAACGGAAGAUGGUAAUCUUCCAACCAGAGGGUGAGCAACCUAAAGAUGGAAUCAAAGUGGAUCUGGGGAAGAUUGAAUUCGUCAGGGAUUGGCCGAGACCGAAAACAGUUACAGAGGUUAGAAGUUUCUUGGGUCUGGCUGGUUAUUACAAUCGGUUUGUAGAGGGAUUUUCUAAGAUUUCAACACCCUUAACCGAGCUUACCAAAAAGAAUCAACGGUUUGUGUGGACAGACAAGUGUGAAGCAAGCUUUCAAGAGGUGAAACAGAGAUUAGUCACAACUCCAGUGUUAGCCCUACCUUCUGAUAAAGAAAAGUUCAUAGUAUAUUGUGAUGCAUCCAGACAGGGUCUGGGGUGUGUACUGAUGCAGGACGAUCGGGUCUUCGCCUAUGCCUCUUGUCAGUUGAAAGAAUAUGAACAGUGA